UGUUGUUGGACCCUCGUUCGGGCCCCGGUUGAUUCAGCUUCGUUCAGUUGGUAACCUACUUUGCUUCGAUUCGUACACGAUUUUUUCCGACUCGCAUUGCAUCCAGUUCCGCGUGUUCACCGUAGACCACCUUUUCCACGGUUACCGCACAUACCGGCACCUCGCUCGACAGUGCUCCAGACGGGUCCUGGCUCGGGUGUGCCUUCGGGAAUCCGGGAGAAUGAAACUAUUGGUGCUUUCGUCUUUCUUUCUAUCGUUCUCCCUAUCACUGUAAUUCUUUGCGAAUCCCAGUUCCUGUGUUCCGUUCACGUUUCGAUUGUAGUGAUUGUAAGAUCGGAAUUGAAAGUGAUUUCGUGGGAAGGACUUUUGAUUUGUUUUGUUUUAUUUUAUUUUUUGUUCAACGGGAAAAGUGAAAGUUGCUGAAAAAAUCAGCAGGUCGUUCUUGUUCAUGCGACGAAACCACUAUCCUUGAAGGAUCGUACAUCAGCAGCGUGAUCGACAUUGACCUUAACCUGACUGUAUCGUAUUUUGUGUUGUGUUUUCUGCUGUAGUUGAUAUUUAUACAGAUGAGGUGCAAGAUUGCGGGAUGUAAAUAGAAGAUAUUGGUCCGCCCAGAGAAGUGUGUUUUAAAACAACAUUAUUUAUGGUGAAAUGCAAGUGCAUCAAACGACUCUAGCCUUCACGGAAGAGAAAUAAUGUACGGCUCGUUAUAAAAGUGUCUAGCUAGUGAAAGUAAUUCGUUAAACUGCCGGAGGCCGCAAGGAAUGUUUCAAACAAUAUGGAUUAAAGCAGAAAAAUCUGACGGCUGUUCCAGAAAGAUUUCGCCGACCAACGGUUAUUUGGCUGGUGUCCGCCGAAUGAUGGAAUGCUAAGUUGCCACCGGCGAUCUCAUCGCAAAGACUGAUCAGUGUGUGAUACAAAAAAAAUCAAAGUUAAAAAAAUCUAUAUCAUGUGGAGUAAUUUCCAUUCUGCCGUUUUAGUCACUGCCAGCUAGAUCCUGAUAUAUUCAAAGUGUGAAAAGUGAAGAAUCAAAGUGUCUUGUUAACUCGAUGAUGAACCGUCCAUCGUUCACGCUUUCGUUGUAGUCCAACUCUUCCAGCAUUUUCUCGUGAAGUCUGGAAAUGGUUGAUCCAUGAUUCCCAGGCUUUCUGGUUAAGUUUAUUUGUAGUGAAUUUCUCACUCCAAGGAUACCACACAAAGUGAUUCAAAGGUUACUUAGAUCUCUUCGCGAAAGAGUUGUAGUGUUCAAACAAGUAUAUAGCUCACAGAUGUAGUUUUUUAUCAGUUGUUGAACCUUACUAAGAACCAAAGUAGCUGCGUAGCUAGAAUACUACAAAUACAGCACUACCACCACCACCACCACAGUGAAAUGUAAUCGUGGGGAAAAAGAAAACAGCUCGUGUUUCAUUACAAUUGCGUUUACUAGAGUGACCUUUCCAGAGCGCAGUAUCAAUUGCGUACCCAGCCGCCUGAUGAGAACAGCGUGAAGUGGUAGAACUCGAUCCGAGAAAGCGACCGAGAUAAGUGAUUCCCGUUCCAAGUUUAUCAAAAUAUUUACAAAGUGACUGCUAAUACGAAGGAAUAGUGCUUCCUGAUAGAAAGAAAACGCAGCCAUGAGUCAAUUAACCUUACCCCGGGCGCCGAGAAAGGAAACAGUGUGAAUGAAUCGACCGAAGGUGGCGUACCAAGCGGAAUAAGCGGAGUUCUCCUAUAUUCGGGAUACGGCUGGAGAGGAAUUCCUUGCUCGGUUACCACUGUGAAUUGUUGACAUGAUCGUAAAAAUGACGUUAUCGCGACUGCAAUUGCUUGAACCCGACAAACCUGUGAACCGGUAAACUCCAUUGUGCUAAUGGGAGUGUAUGUGUGUUUGUGCCCUGCUUGAAGCACUGCAUUACGAUAAAGAGAGCGCUCGAAGUGAACCGAAACUACGCUACCGAAGAGUAGUUUACCGACGAAAUCCCGAUAACGAACAGAGCAAGCGAGCUCAUUUUCCUUCACUCUGAAUCCCGUUAGAAAUCCAGAACUCGUUACGAAAAUGACGUCUCUAGGAAUUAUGACAUUGAGCCGUGGACCCUACAGCGAGCUCGAUAAAAUGAGCCUUUUCCAAGAUUUGAAGCUGAAACGAAGAAAAGUCGACUCAAGAUGUAGCAGCGAUGGGGAGUCCAUAGCCGAUACCAGUACUUCGUCACCAGAUCUUCUGCAACCAUUAUCACCGAAGAUGUGCGACCAGCAGCAGUCGGGCGGACAGUUGGAGCUGGAGGGACAUGCUGAGCUGGAGGACGGCUCACCAGCUCCGACUGCUGCUGCAGAUCAUCAUCAUCAUCACCACCAACCGCAUCCUCAGCAACACCAACCGCACCCGCAUCAGAAUCAUCAACAUCAUCAUCUGCAUCAUCAUCAUCUGCAUCAUCAUCAUAGCAAUAAUGUCGAUAAUAAUAACACGUUAACAAGCAACAACAACAACAACAAUAACAAUAACAACACCAGCAGUGAUAGUUGUUUAACGUCACCAAAGUCAGUGCACGAUAACAAUGUGCUGAAGGACGAUGAUGUUGGAAGUGACAGAGCAUCGCCCGAUUCGCCGGGUCUGUUGAUAGACGAGCGGCCACCUUCGAGACUGAAACUAACGGAUGCCAGCGGUAGUAUACCGGUGUCGUAUUCCAGUACCGCCAGCUGUGGCGGGGGCGCUAGUGUGAUACGUUCGGUGGCGGAUGAGCGUCCCCGAUCAAUUAGUCCGCCAAGCAGCCAUAACUUAGCGUUAAUGAAUUCCAUACAACUACUACAGCAACGCUACAAUACGAAUGGUGGUGGAGGUGGUAGCAGUAGGGAUUCACCCGGCGGGGGUCAGGAAGGACCUUGUCAUUCACAACAACAACAACAACAGCAGAUGCAUCAACAACAGCAUCAGCAACAACAUCAGCAACAUGUGACUGUACUCGUCACUCCUUCCCGAGUAAAGUCCGAGCAGCCAACGACGCUGGUUACACUCGGGAUGCGUAAACAAGCUCCACCGUCAAUUAAUCUAGCAGAUACCGACAACACCAACGGUAGUAAUACAAGUAAUAGUGAUAACUGUAACGGUAGUAAUAGCAAUGCUAGUAAUAAUAACCAAGAGCCUAAUAGACUUACAUCGACACCGCAUAGUUCAACGUCGUCGUCAUCACCGUCGUCAUCGUCAUCAUCGUCGUCGAACUCUUCAUCAACAUCUGGCGCACAGCUGAACCAGUUGGGCCAGCAGCAACAGCCUGUUCACGUUCACAUGUUUCAACAGCCUCCCAUGGGAGGCAUGUCCAAAUUCACAUCUAGUCAAGCUUCAUCAAAUAGUCUAAAUAUUCAGCAGCAACAGCAUCUCGCGCAGCAGCAAAUGCUGCAAGCCAUGCAACAGCAGAUACGCAUCAAGAAAGAACGUAUGCCGCAGUACACGAUGGUAAAUCAGAACACCAAUUCGUCCUUGAUGCAGGGCGGCCAUUUGCGACAACCCAACAUGCAGAUGAUACCCAACCCUCAACAGCAAGCAUACCUGAAACGGGAACGAACGCUAACGAAUCAAAACUAUACAGUGGUGAACGUUAACCAGCCUCCCGUAUCGAUGGCUGGCAAUGGCAAUCACCAAAGGCAGGCAUCAACCCCCACCAGCAGUAGGUCGGCACAAAUGCCCGGCAGCAACACUUCAUCGAUGCAACCACCAAUGUCACCUACUCAACAGCAAAACCGCCAGCAGAGUCCUGGUCCCCUUGGUUCCAACAACAUGUCCCAGUCGUCACACAUCCUCAUCAAGCGGGAACGACAACAAUCCAUCCAAUCGCUGGGCAAUCAGGCCAUGCAACUAUCGCCCAACAAUCAGCGGUUACCCAGUCCCAUCCAAGUUAGUCCCACAACAUCGCCAUUAAAUCCUGCCCUCCAAAUACGUCAUCCAUCUCGUGAUGCAGCGAUCUUAUUUCGUGUCAAAAACGAAGCACAAAUACCAAAUCUCAUGCCACAGCAAUUGGGUGGCGUUCCCCAGCGGAUGUCCGUCUGGCCGGGUGGUCAGCAACGGAUCAAUGGUGUUAAACCGGAAGUGAUUGGUGGUCCGUUACCACCGCUACGAAACCAAAUAUCUCCUCAACAGUCGCCACAACACUAUCAGAGUCCUGGUCCGAUCACCCCGCAAGCGUCCUUUCGCAACACUCCAACGGUCAUCAUGGGCGAAUCCUGUGGGGUGCGGACCAUGGUCUGGAGCUACGAUUCUCCACCCCAAGUACAAACCACGACACCAUCAAUUCCAUCGUCCCCGUCGGCAUCCAGCACAGCACCAGUUCAAGGCCCAAUGGGUCCCAGCUCGUCGCACAGUGGUGGUGGCAACACUGGUGGAAACGGUGGAGGUAGUAGUCUAGGAACGGGUAACGUUCCUCAGUCACCCGGUGGCAAUCACCAUCAUCAGAACAGUAACAGCAGCAGUAGCAGUAGUAGCACCAGCAACAACGAGGAAGCGGCGCAUCUGCUUCUCAGUCUGGGGCAAACCGUAAGGCAAAAUGAGGCUCAACCAUGGACACCAAGUCGGACAGGACUACCGUUGAACAUGGAACGAUUGUGGGCUGGUGACUAUAGUCAGUUUCCCACCGGUCACCAGAUGCAUGCACUGAACCUCACCUCGCAACAACCGUGGAAUAUGCCUCCCGGUCCGAAGAAGGAAUUGCUUGACGACAUGCCUCCGGACGAAGAUGAACAACCGCUAGUUUGCAUGAUCUGUGAAGACAAAGCGACCGGACUGCACUAUGGUAUUAUCACCUGUGAGGGUUGCAAAGGCUUCUUUAAACGAACCGUGCAAAACCGGAGGGUUUAUACCUGUGUUGCGGACGGCACCUGUGAAAUCACGAAGGCCCAACGGAAUCGCUGCCAGUAUUGUAGGUUUAAGAAGUGCAUCGAGCAGGGUAUGGUGCUUCAAGCUGUUCGGGAGGAUAGGAUGCCGGGUGGACGAAAUAGUGGCGCAGUCUACAACCUGUACAAAGUUAAGUAUAAGAAACACAAGAAGAACAACCAGAAACUGAACAACCACCAGAAACUAGGUCUGCCCGGCGGCGACAAUCCCAAAUCGAUGUAUUUGACUUCAUCUACUACACCGCCGAUCAAGUCGGAAAGUAUUAGUCUGCCAUCGCAUCUGGUCAACGGAACGAUCCUUAAAACCGCAUUAACCAACCCAAGCGAAAUCGUGCAUUUACGCCAUAGACUGGACAACGCCGUUAGCUCUUCCAAGGAUCGGUCGAUCUCGUACGAGCAAGCCUUGAACAUGAUACAUACCCUUAUAGACUGUGAUGCUAUGGAGGACAUAGCGACCCUACCGCAUUUUAGUGAAUUCCUCGCCGACAAAUCGGAGAUCGGCGAUAAACUCUGUAAUAUAGGUGAUUCCAUUGUACAUAAACUCGUUUCGUGGACGCGCAAGUUGCCCUUUUACAUGGACAUCGCGGUUGAGAUACAUACGAAACUAUUGACCGACAAAUGGCACGAAAUUCUGGUUCUAACGACUGCAGCGUACCAGGCGAUGCACGGGAAGAAGAACAUCAGCAACCAGCCACAGUCCGCCAGUGGUCCCGAUGGUGCGACGAGUCUUGCACCCGACAAGCAAGACCCAGAGUUCGUUGAAGAGAUAACAGCCCACCUCCAAACACUGCAAUCCUGCCUGACGACAUUGAUGGGUCAUCCGAUCUCAAUUGAGCAGCUAAAAAUCGACGUUGGGCAGAUGGUGGAGAAAAUGACCCAGAUCACCAUUAUGUUCCGAAGGAGUAAACUAAAAAUGGAAGAAUAUGUUUGUCUGAAGGUUUACAUACUACUUAACAAAGAAGCUGAAUUGGAAAGCAUACAGGAGCGGUAUGUCCAAGUUCUCCGAACUUAUCUACAGCAUACCGUCCCACAUAGUCCCAAUCGACUCACAGACCUCCUAGCACACAUACCUGAGAUCCAAACCGCUGCCAGCUUGCUUCUGGAGAGCAAAAUGUUCUAUGUGCCGUUUGUUCUGAACUCUGCUAGCAUUAGGUAGCAGAUGAUCGAGCGGGGAAUGCUCGAACCUCUCCAGCACGAAUUGUGCCGUAAUCAGGAAGAACUACAACAUUCGAUUGACAGUAGUAGCAACACAUCCCAGUCAACGCCAAUAGUUCAUCAGCACGACACGGAACCACCGAGAAUGCGAUCGGUUCUCCAAGUCUCCGCGCCACCAUUCGCUCAGCAGCAAUCGGGGCAGAUCCCGAAGCGACAGUCCCCUGCUGCAACAGCCUCUUCGACGAUUGUCUCUUCAAGACUAUCGAUCUCACCACACCAGCAGCAGCAGCAGCAACAACAACAACAACAACAACAACAACAGCAGCAGCAACAACAACAACGGCAGCAGUUACACAUGCAACCACUUCAGCACCAACAGCAACAAAUUGUCCAAGUGCAACCGUUGCAAACAUCAACACAAUCGCAGCAAGCGAUGCCCAGCGCCACCAACCGAAGUGGCUCUGUGACGAUUUUUGUUAUCAAAACCAUGUUACCUGAUGAGUGAUGUUGAGGUUCACCGCGUCACGUGAGACCCUAGCAAACGAUCGAAAUUUUAUUCGCUUCUUGGUUGUCACUUUUUCACUAUAGGAAAAUUGUAUUAUUUCCACUUUCUACGGAAUUGUUUGCAGUUCUCAACGGAAAGUGUUCUUCUUCGUACUUCGAUCGAGUUGAAUCUCGUUUUAUUUGUUUCUUUUUUUAUUUAUAUGAAUUAUUUUAUUUUUAUCGGUUUCUCGUUGAGCGUUGAAAGCAUUAUAAAGCAACAAAUAUGAAGAAAACAAUUUUUAACGUGGGUAGAAUAGAUGUAUUGCAUUAUAUACACAUCUGAAAUCAUAGAGAUUUUGCAUAUACACUCAUAUACAAAAACCUUGUCUAAUAUGUAGGUAUGUAAAAAGAAACAACAAAAUAAACUUUCACCCUAACCUGAAUGUUAUGUACUCUGAGUAACGAAAAAAUCGAUUCUAAACAAAAAUCGCUCACGGAUGCGGAGUGGAUUAAAGGGCACGCGGGCUCGCUUGUAAGCUUAUGCAACGGUUGCGUAACCGUAUGCUAGGAAGACGUGAAAUAUUAUAACACAAUAGCAUGGAUUCACAUUCGAGGAAAUUUUUUUCCACUACUAGGAAGUCUGAAAAUAAAUGCCUUCUAUAUUAUAAAUAGAAAAAAAAACAAGCGAUCGUAGUUGUAAUUAAUAAGAGAGUUAAAAGGAAUCGUGAACACAUUGAGGUGGAACACUAACCAAAAUUUCCCGUUUCAUAAUUAUAUAAGCAGCUGCAAAAAUAAUCGUGCUGAAAAAAAAAACAUAAAAAGUCGCAAGCGAUCGAAAUGUCGUGCAUAAAGUAACCGUAAAUAAGCAUAUAUAUUUUUAUAUAUUUAAUUGACGAUUCAUUGUUGUUCUUCUUAUUAAUAUUUUUAUUAGCUAAUUUUACAAAACAAAACGAAAAAAAACAUAGAUUUGACGUAAAGCAGCAGAACCCCUAGGUAUUUUACCAAAUCAGCUAUUCGGUAUUAGAAGUAUAUGAAAAAUUGUGAACUUUCACAACACAAAAGUGUCAAUAGGAACAACAAUUCGCUGGGAGCUCCCUGUAUAACGUUCAUUCUACAGCGGUGGGUGCUUUGCAAUAAGUCGCACUGAAACACCCUUUUUACUGUAAAUAAGAGAUUUUUCCACGUUUGCUUUUAUUAUCAUCUUCUUCGUUUUACUAAUAUAUGACAAAUAUAUUUUAGUUCUGUAGAAAAAAAAACUGCAUGCUUUUAAUCUUUCCCCACAGACGGUAGGUAGGUAGAAGGUAGGGCGCGCUACGGCCUUCCGUUCUACAUAUAUUCAGAAAAGUUCAUCCUUCUUUAGAUGAUAAUGAGUUUGAGUAGUUUGUAAAAUCGAAGUUUACUUGAAUGCCACUUGAGUUUAAACGGUGGUUUCCCUCAGUUCACUAAGCGUACUAUUUAUCGUUAUUUAGGGGGACAGAAUGUAGGGCAAGGCUAACAAACGAAAGCAAAAAAAAAAGAGUACGUGUUGUUUGUUUUGACACAUCACAGAACAAUAUUUGUUUUUAUUUAGCCUAUGAUAUAACCGUUAGUAGUUUAGAUAAUGAAAAAAGAAAUGACCAAAACUGAUACAUUGAUCCUCCUGAUUUUUUGUUUUGUUUUUAAAUUAACGCUAGCAUAGUUUUAGAAAGAGGCAAACAACAAUCCUUUAUUUUUAGGCGAAUUAUUUAUCCUGAGACGUUUUUUACACCCUAGACAAAAAAAAACUAACAAAGUACGGAAAGCUAACUCAUUUCGAAAUGUUUAGAUUCGUUUUUUAAAAAAGAAAAAGUAACUUAAAAUUUGUCUAAUAAGUAUUUAUGUAAACAAUAUGUUUCGUUUUCCGACGUGGAUUUUUUCCAAUGCCAGAAGCUACAUUUUUUAGCUUAUAUGUGCGUUAACAGAACGAUAUGAAACCAAAAAAUUAGAAAAUGUAAUGUUGUAUUUGUAUAUUAAGAGAACUAAUGAAAAAUUCUCAUCUCCCCUCAAACGUACAUAUACAUUUAGACAAACGAAAAUGCAUUAGUUUGCUGUAGUUCAUCUUUUUAUUUCCCUCCCUGAAUAAGACAAAACAAACGUACAUCGUGAACACAAACUCGCAUUUACUCACAAGGUCCCCUCGGGUAACACUGAUUUUCGCAUCCAAGCAGUUCACUGUUUUGCUCGAAAAUAUGUAUAUUUAAACGCAAACCCGAAACCGAUAGUCAUGUGUAAUUUGAACAAAGUAACCAUUUAAAUGUGUCUGAACGUAAAAAUUUCGCAUAAAAGAACCGAAAAUCAAAGUAAAUCCCCUUAUGGAACCGUUGUUACCAGUGAAACCAUAUUACUUAUUAAUUAUUGUGUAAAGAAGAAAGGUACUGCUAAAAACGCCAGAAAAAAAGGAAAAAUAGAAUACAAUCUACUACGCAUUCACACCGACACGCUGAGGAAACUGCUUUCACCAUUAACACAUUCAGAACACACAUACACAUACCUACAAUAACAGAACAACUACUGCCAUUCUGAUUAGAGUUCAGAGGAAAGCAAAAUAUGAUAAAAGACUAAUUUAUACUUAUAUACAUACAAAGCCACACUCAUACAUGAAUACACAAAAAAAGUUGCAAAAAUAAACUAUGAAAGUUACCCUCAAGUCACGCCGACAAAAAAGCAAACAUGUCAAUAAAGAAAACUACCAGAGAAAAAACAACAACAUGCAGAACACUCGAUAGCUCAACUGAGCUGAAAGCAAACAAAAAAAUAAAACGAGCAAAAUAUGUGUUUCAUAACAGAUGUAAUAGAAAUAAGCAAAACAAUAUAGCCAUUCAAUCAAAACGGAAAACAGCAACCCCAAACAGACAUUAGUAUCAAGAAAACAAGUAUGAAACAAAAAUGAAGAUACAGUGGGGAAGAACACACGAACACAUGCGUGUAGAGGGAAUGGAUUUCCUAUUUUAUGUGUUAGUAGUAGCCAAGAUUUUUAUGUUUUUAUUAUGCUUUGAGUUACGCUUUUUGUUGUGAUUUUUUAGAAUUACUUUGUGAUAUAAUACAAAAGUCCAAAUGCAACGUUCUGCUGCCAACGUUUCCUAGACACAUUUUCGUUUCCCUUUUUCGCCAUGAAACGAAUCCGACACAGAUGACUAAUGUGGGUUAUUCUGAGCCUCAAAUUCUACAACGUCCUCUCAGUCCCAUUUGAAACAGUGAUAAGGUACAAAGCGACGCUGGUGCAUUCAAAAUUCCCUUCACCUAGCCGUUAAAUUUAAGCUCCAAAUUGAUUCAUAAGAUUAAUCUACAAUUUACUAUACAGUGAUAAGUACGUAGGUUUAAUGUAAGACUAAUGCAAUGGUGGUUUAAAGUUACCAGAAAAUCUUGAAGAUAACCGUUGAAAAACAAUUCGUUUUAUCUAGUGUCAUUAAUUAGCCAGCAGUAGGAUUUCAUUACGUUUCGGAUAUGUACCGUACCAUCGUCGCGUGCUCCCCACAACCUGCAUUUGUCAUCCGUGUUACUCCGUUAGUCCUACCACGUACGAAGGCAACCCACAAUACCGAACAAUUUUGGAGACUUGCAAAAUUCAACGACGAGUCCAAAAUGUAUUUCACUUUUCAAUUCAGUUUCCGUUCACUAGCUAACCUCAACUUAGAUUCAAACAAUAACUGCCAGAAAAGCUAUCUAUACAUACAAAUGAAACCGAAUUACAUAGUUUUACAGACCAACCUGCGUCCGCACCAUCAACACGGGGUCAAAAUGCACCAUUUCUACACAAGCAUAUUUAUUCCUCUCAAAUAUACACAACUGUACUGUAACGUGAUAUAGUUAGUGAACGCGUCGAAAACAAAAACCAAAUAGAAACUUAAACUGCCACACGCACUUUACUUAUCUAUGAUUCUUGCACUCGUCUGAUCACAGCAAAACAAUAAGGAAUGUUGAAAUAUAGAACCGUAUUUGUAUCAUUGUACAAUUUAUUUGGAUCCAAAUUAUACCUCACUUCCCAUGCUUUAAAAGGUUUCAACAUUCGUACACUGUUUUCUUUUUACGUUAACCGCGUACAAUAUUAGUUUCCACAACUUUAUAAACAGCCGUUGUCAUCAUCCUGCAGAACAUUUCCUUUUUAAAGCUCACCAUAAAAACCAUCAACACCCCCUCACAUACACAUACACAAACUCUCGUACGUAUAUUCUCCGCGAGACAGAGUCGAACUUCGUGUUAUCUUCUUAGAAACAAUACGAAUCAAAGCAAGCCCAACAAUGAUGUGUACAUUUUACAAGCAAAUGAAAGCAACCACUAUAACAGAACACUGCCGUUUCUCAAGUAAAAAAAAACCGUACUGCCAACCCUUUCCCCAGAGGGUUAGCGUUACACAUGUAGAGGUUAAUGAUAAAUGAUGAUAAGAAGGAAGAAAUGAUUAUUGUAAUUGUAAGAACUAAUGGUAAUGAAACAAGUAAUUGAAAUAAUAAAAACAAGUAUAAACUAUAAAUACCUAAUAAAUGAUUAAGAGUAUACAUACAGAAAACAAUAAGGCAAAAAACGUUAGAAAUUGUGUAAAAAAUGAAUGAAAUAAAAAAAACAGAAUCGGAAAUGUAUUACCAA